AUUAGCCUUCACCCUUCCCCUAAUCCUUAAUCACUCUGUUUUUAAGUUUUAAAUGUCACAGACGUCAGAUGUGUUUCGGGAUGGGUAAUGGUAAUGGGUUGUGGGGGUACUACUAUUCUAAACUGUAUUUUCCCAUUUCUAAUACCUCCAAGUGAUACACUAUCAAACCCUCGGUUGUUCUCCAAUUGAGACACAAAAACCAUCAAAGUGUAUCGCCCCUUGGAAAUGGCCGGAGAGGCAAACCACAGGAAAAAGGGAAAAGUAUCCAGACAGGAAUCUGGAAGGUCAGGAAAGGAUUUGGAGAUAGACACGGACCGGCCCAUAGCUGGAGUAAGUACCCAAGACAAAUCCAGGACCGGACAUAGAGUGUAUAAAAUAGUUGUAUUGGGAGAUGGGGGUGUUGGAAAAUCAGCCGUCACUCUGCAGUUUGUCAGUCACAGUUUUCUGGACUACCACGACCCAACCAUUGAGGACUCAUACCAACAACAAGCGGUUAUCGAUGGCGAACCAGCUCUGUUGGAUAUAUUGGACACGGCAGGACAGAUUGAAUUCACCGCCAUGAGGGACCAAUACAUGCGAUGCGGCGAGGGCUUCCUCAUUUGCUAUAGCGUUACCGACCGUCACAGUUUCCAAGAAGCUCUGGAAUACAAAAAACUCAUCCAGAAAGUACGCGCUACCGAAGACACUCCGUUGGUCCUUGUCGGCAACAAAUUCGACUUGCACCUGCAACGCAAAGUUACGACGGAAGAGGGCAAAUCACUGGCCAGGCAGUUCGGUUGUCCCUUCUACGAAACGUCGGCGUGUCUAAGGACGUACGUCGACGACGCUUUCCACACUCUAGUCAGGGAAAUCAGAAGGAAGGAGAGAGAGAAGAUGGGCCUGUCCGGGCAUGAUAGGAAGCCUAACAGGCACAGCAAGUGGUGGAGGCUGAGGAGUAUAUUUGCGCUCGUUUUCAAGAGGAGGCGGCAUCAGCAUUUUUCGCCUUAAGUAUUAUGUUGGGUUUAGAGCUAGUAGAAAGGUAUUUUUUGUUAUUCCAGUGUUUUUAGAUGGGUGUUUGAGGAUGUUUGAUUUCCACAUAUUAGUAACUUUACUUUUGGACAAACUUCUUGUGAAAGCCAAAAAUUAUUUAUUCUGUAAUACAGGAUGAUCGCUGGAUUUUUACCUGUGCUUCAACAAUUUGUGCAUCCGAAAUGAGUCAAAAAAUUAAUGAAAACGCAAUGACGUACCUACUAGUCCAAACAAUUUAACUUUUUAAUGAAAGGUUUCUUUCAUUUAUGUAAUUCACUAAAAAGUAAUGUUAGGAUUUAAGAUGAAUUUCAUAAAAUUCAUCAGCACUUUAUUAAUAAGCUGCAAAUACAUUAUGAUUUGUAUUCUAUAUUCUAACUUUGAUAUCUGGCAAUUUGAAUAUUUUAGUUCGCGGAACCUGAGUUGAAGUUAAAAUUCAUCUAUUGAAAACAUUUUUCUCAUAUCAGAAUAAAAGCACUGAUUUG